AAAUUUUACUUGGUUGAUGCGGGCUAUGCUUUGAGGCCUGGAUUUAUCACGCCGUACCGAAACACAAGAUAUCAUUUAAAAGAGUAUUCUCAUUGUCCUCCGGGGAACUCAAAGGAGUUAUUCAAUUUACGACAUGCAUCAUUGCGUAAUGCAAUUGAGAGUGCUUUUGGUGUCCUGAAAAAGAUAUUUUCCAUUAUCACUAGUGGUUCAGAAGCUCAUCAUGAUGUCAACACACGUUCUGAAAUUGUGCUUGCUUGUUGUAUUUUGCAUAACUUUCUUUUGAUGUAUGAUCCUGAUGAAGAUAUUCUUCGUGAGGUUGAUAAAGAAUUGAUGGAAAAUAAUGUUGAAGAAGAAGAUAGUGGAUCUGAAAAUAGAGAGGCAGAUGCUAAGACCGCAGAAAAAAUUAGAGAAUAUAGCAUUCCAGAUGUGGAGUCACUAUGUUUGAGAUGCUAG